AUGGCCAUCGCCGCUUUGCGAGGCUCCAGCGGCCGUCUGGCUCUGCGUGCUCUCAAACCAUUCGUCAUCGGCCCGCGUGCUUCUUCUCUGCUCCAGGCUUCUGCUUCUUCUACAUCCUCUUUGUGCUCAAUUCGGUUCAAUCGCACCAUGGGUUCUGCUCCGUUCUCUUCGGCAGCGGCCUCGCAGCUGUCGACGCUGCUGGCCGUCGAGCCGGCUGGCCCUGUGGUCAAGUCGGUGCCGUUCCCUGGUCCCAAGGCCAAGGCGAUUGCGGCCGACCUGGAUGAGGUGUUUGACACGCGGGCGCUCAACAUGGUGGCCAACUACUACGAGUCGCGCGGCAACUACAUUGUGGACCCCGAUGGCAACACGCUGUUGGAUGUGUACGCACAGAUUGCAUCGAUCCCGGUGGGCUACAACAAUCCGGCGCUGCGGGCAGCUGCCGAGAGCGAGGCCAUGAUCAACGCGCUGAUCAACCGGCCGGCCUUGGGCAACUUCCCGUCGCACGACUACGCCGAGACGCUGCGCAGCGGCAUGCUCAAGGUGGCUCCGCCAGGCUGCAACCAGGUGUUUACGGCUCUGGCUGGCUCGGACGCCAACGAGACGGCCUUCAAGGCUGCCUUUAUGUACCGUCGCCAGCGCGAGCGUGGUGGCCCCGACGUCGAGUUCACGCAGGAGGAGAUGGACAGCGUGAUGAACAACGCAUCGCCCGGCGCGUCGCAGCUGUCGAUCUUGUCGUUCCGCACUGCCUUCCACGGCCGCCUGUUUGGCUCGCUGUCGACAACGCGGUCCAAGCCGAUCCACAAGCUCGACAUCCCCGCUUUCGACUGGCCCCAGGCUACCUUCCCCCAGCUCAAGUACCCGCUCGAGGCCCAUGCGGCUGAGAAUGCGGCAGCUGAGGCGGCCUCGCUGGCUGAGGUCGAGGAUCUGAUCCUGCACUUCCACGCGCCCCCGGCUGCCGUCAUUGUUGAGCCGAUCCAGUCCGAGGGCGGUGACAACCACGCGUCGCCGGCCUUCUUCCAGGGCCUGCGCGCCCUCACGCGCAAACACGGCGUUCUGCUCAUCGCUGACGAGGUUCAGACUGGUGUUGGUGCCACUGGCAAGUUCUGGGCCCACGAGCACUGGGGCCUGACCGAUGCGCCCGACAUGGUGACCUUUUCGAAGAAGGCCCAGACGGCUGGCUACUACUUCAGCGACCCGGCUCUGCGGCCCAACAAGCCGUACCGCCAGUUCAACACCUGGAUGGGCGACCCGGCUCGCGCGCUGCUCUUCCGUGCCAUCAUCGACUACAUCCAGGCCAACGACCUGGUCAAGCGCACGGCUGAGGUCGGCGAUUACCUCUACGGCAAGCUCGAAGCUCUGGCUGCCAAGUACCCCGGCGAGUUCAACAACCUGCGCGGCAAGGGCCAGGGCACCUUUAUUGCCUUUGACACCCCGCGCCGCGACGAGUUCCUCAAGCGGGCCAAGAACUUUGGCGUCAACAUUGGUGGCUGCGGUGCCAGCGCCGUGCGUCUGCGGCCCAUGCUGAUCUUCCAGGAGAAGCACGCCGACAUCCUGGUCGACGCAUUUGAGAAGCUGGUCACGUCGUGGGACAAAUAG